UCUAGAGCCCAAGGGAUGCCGCGCAGGACUGUGACGUAUGCGGAAGAAGUGUCUGUCGGCGCGUCUGUGACGUCAGAAAACCAGUCUGAGGGAAAGAUGGCGGAGAAGGAGCAGCUGAGGCGACAGAUUCGCCUCCUUCAAGGUCUCAUCAAUGACCAUAAAAAUAUUCAUGGGAAUGUACCUGUUCCCCCACCUUCUCUUAGAUGGAGGAAUCCCAGACCUGCCUUUACUAACCAGGGUUCAUUCUCUACUCGAUAUUCCCAGCAAACACAGAGAGAUUUUCCGCCUUGCCAGACCACUGCCAAUGCCUGGAGAAAUAAAUACUCUCUUGUCAACGUACCACCUCGACCAACACCUCCUUCUUCAAGCAGUGUUUCUGCAAGGACUUCACGGACUACGUUGAACCAUGGAAGCAGUGAGGAAGCUGGGCCACAACAGGUGCUUUCAGAAACAAAUGAAGGAGCCACAAUGGACAGAACUGUUGCUCGAGUUCAGGCUGCUUUGGCAGCUAGCAGUAUUGCUGCACCAAAAUCGCAGUGGGAUACUUCAGCAGCAUUAGGAGUUCCUUCUGCUUUUCAAGGACAUGUAAGCAGCAGUGCUUCGACUUCAAAUGCUGGUUCAAAAAAGAGCAAAGAACUGCCAUAUUUACUAGAUUUCAAAACCGUGCCUAGGAGUAGGGAUAAUGAUGCUCCCAAGGCACAUCAGAAAAUACCUAUGACUGCAGAAGCCUUUCAGGGUGCAUCAAAAUUUGCCCCUAGCUUAUGCAGGACUAUCGGUGAGAGUGCCAUUGCUUUGAAAUCUGAGCCUCAACAAUCUCUUACCACGCAUGAUCAUGAGUCAAGUUAUUUGCCAAAGAGGAAGACACCAGCACUACAGGCACCACUUUUGCACAGUUCCCAACAACCCCCUGGGGCAAAAGGCAAAGCCAACCCCUUCAAUGUUGCGGAUACAUCUGUUGUUUGCACUAAGUCAGCAUGCAAAGCAUCUUCAACACCUGGAAAGAAUCUCUCUGAGAGAAAGCAUUCAGCACCUACUGUCCAAAAAACUCCAGUCUUGCCAACCUCCAUCAAAUCUCCAAGGUUCAGGAAAGCAAACUAUACAUGGGUGGCAAACUCAAGUAAAUCCCCUCGGACUGUGAAAAGAUGGGCUACUUCCAGAGGCUCUGAGAACACACACAAAUUUUCUGUAAGCUCAAGGGCAGCUGCCAAGUUACAGCCCAGAGGGGAGUUGGGAGUGAAGCAGAAGAAGCCUGGCCUUCAUUCGAAGCUUGGAGUUUCCUCCAGCCAGUAUAAAUGGAAGGCAACAAGUCUCCAGUCUUCUCCUUCCACAUCCACGUCCUUGUUUACGUGGCAUCACAAGAGACAUGAUGGGGCUGGAGUCUCCCCCAAUGUGGAUGCCAGCCCUUUCCUUCAGCCAGCAAGACGGAUGCCUCUUGGUCACGGGGCACCAAGGCCAUCCUGUGGGAAUAUGGGCUUUUACAAAUUGAAAAGCCGGACUAAAAUCAUCAAGAAGAAAGGAAAUGCCUGCUCCCCAGUUGACAAGAGGAAUGCUGCCUUCUCCACUGUGGUCCUCAAAAGCCGCUAUUCCCUCAGGAAAAAGAGCUCUCCUCGGGGAAAGUCCUCCCCCACAGCAAGGAGGGCUGGGACUAAGGGCCUUGUGCAAAUUGGCAAGCACAGACUGCGCCGACUGCCGGCAUCGCGGGCCCAUGCUUCGGCAAGAGAAGGGUCCAGUUACCUGCUCCUUCCAGGUUCCACAGCCAAUAAAGUGGUGAAUACGCGCUACAGGAUUGUGAAGAAAACCACAGCUUCUCCGUCUAGCUCGACAGCAUCUUUCAGCAGCUCUGCUCACAGUUGGAGGACCAGAAAGCUCUCAGCAUCCAGAUCUCCACUACUUGGCACCACUCGUCAUUCUCCAUCUGGAAGCAAGUCCCAGGCUCUGCAGCAGCAACGCUGGAAGAACAGGAACCUCCGAUGUAUUGGGGGGGUUAUGUACAAGGUCUCCGCUAACAAGCUGGCCAAAGUCUCUAGCCCUCCGGCUCGGAGUGGAGAAACCUUCAGCAGGAGCCUCAUCAGAACAGGGAGGCCGGAUUCUGCAAACAGCCCCUUCGGCUACCCUUCACCGAGCUUCACAAGCCGAUCCACUCCAAGCCGGUACAUUGCAAGCCGAGCUGUACAGCGUAGCUUGGCUAUCAUUCGCCAGGCCAAGCAGAAGAAAGAGAAGAAGAAAGAAUACUGCAUGUAUUACAACCGCUUUGGAAAAUGCAACCGCGGUGAGAAUUGCCCCUACAUCCAUGACCCAGAAAAAAUAGCGGUCUGCACAAGGUUCCUUCGAGGCACAUGCAAGAAGACCGACGGAUCAUGCCCGUUCUCGCACAAGGUUUCGAAAGACAAGAUGCCGGUGUGCUCUUACUUUCUGAAAGGCAUCUGCAAUAAUAGUGAUUGUCCCUACAGCCAUGUCUAUGUCUCCAGGAAAGCUGAGGUCUGCCCUGACUUCUUGAAGGGCUACUGUCCCCUGGGAGAGAAGUGCAAAAAGAAGCACACCCUGGUGUGUCCAGACUUCUCCAAGCAUGGGGUCUGUCCAAAAGGUUCUCAUUGCAAACUGCAGCAUCUGCAGCGGAAACACACUGCUGGACCAUCCAGCACCAAAGCCACCUUUCAGCGAGGCUCCUCUGAGCCAAAGCGGGGCCGCCCUGCAGCAAAGACCUCCAGGUUCUACAUAAAGGAGAAAGGAGAAGAAGAAGAUGUCGAUGAUGAUGAAGAAAUAGCCGGACCCUCCCGAUCAGCUCAGGAGGCCUGGCAGCCCCGAUGCCUCUCGCACACCAGCAAACUGGCCAAACUGCCAUCCUUCAUCUCCCUCCGGUCUCCCCCGACUUCUCCAGAGGAAGAGGAGGACCAGAAGCCAGAGAAGGACAAGCACGCGGAGGAAACAGGGAAGCCGCUGCAAAUCAAACCCCGUCUUUGACCGGCGGUCCCUUCACUUCGUUCCAAGCACCAAGCGUCUCAGGGAUUGUGAAGCCCUCCCGGCAGAACUACCUCAGAAGAAGACCGUUUGGAGUUGAUUUCGGGGGCACACAAAGACCUCUUGCCCCUUUGGGGUUCUCUUUAGGGGGGUCACCCUAAAGAGGUCACCCCGCUUCUCCCCGCCCCAAAGGGAAGGAGGGCACUGUUACGGUUUUAUUUUCAAAAUAAAGGUUUUCAUGUCUGUUG